AUGGCGUUCUGGACCCGUUCCCCCGCCAAAUAUGGCCAGCGUGGACCGCAGCCCCGACCGUCCCUCUUUCGCGGGUUUCGGUCUUGUUCCGAUUUGUCUCGGAUGCACGGACGACCGUCCGUCGCACGUUUCGACAGUCACAAGCGCAAGGAAGAACGGCACCGUCCGGCAGAGGGCGGGGACGGCCUUGGGAUCAUCCCACCGAACGUUGCCGGUACUUCCAAUAGUCCCUCGUUCGGGUCUCGUCCUGAUUUUCACAAUGGUAUUGAUGACUACCGGGCCGGCGCCAGUAAAGGCCUUUUCCCCCUCAAAGAGUCCGAAAUCAAUUACUCGCCGGAACGGCGGGCCCGUACGGCGGCUGCCGCUUACGUCCGACCCCAACCUUCCGUCCCCGGAGGAUACUCCGCGUACACGGACGACGCUCACGUCGAAACAAGGCGUUUUUUCGUUCCCGGCUUGGAAGGACCCAAGGUGCGUCUCGCCGUCGGGACCGUCCUCUUGACCUUGACGGCCUGGAAUCGCUACUAUUCCUCCUUGGCAACGAAUGCGGACAAUUCGAUACAAGAGUCCUUCGCUACGAAUCCCGGUAACGUCUUGGCCGAAAAUCUAGCUCUCGCGUUUACGAUCCUCGUCUUGUGGCAAGCCGGGAUCGAGUACACCAAACAAAUUGCCGCCGCCAAGGCGGUAGUAAUUGGCGGCAACGGUAAUGGCCAAACCGAUGGGAGCAACCGAAGGGCGGACGGUACCGGCAAUCCGAAUGGCCAGCGAGUGUCCUACCAGCAAUCCUGGAAUAUUCCCGUCAAUGACGAGCGAUGGAAAGACCAAUGCCAGUGGGCGGCAAACACCUAUUUGGCCCUCACUCCCGCGACCGAGUGGUACUUGGUCGGACCGGGAAAAGUACUGUACAGUCUCGGUCUCAUGGACGCACCGUCCGCCACGCCGGUUGCCCCCGCUCCGACACAGGUUGACGAGGAUGCGGUAGCGCAGGCGUGUCAAGUUGCCUUGGAUACGGUCAACGCGUCACAAUCCGGCCGUGUGGCCUUGCCCAGCACACACCCCGUCUCGACGAAUCUAGUAGCCGGCGUGCGGCCGACCCCACAAAAUCGACGGACCGUAGUAGUGCAACGUGUGGAGGACAACGUGUGCAUCGUCGCAACGUCGGAUCAACUUUUGGCCGCGUUUGGCAAAUCCGACCUGACCUGGCUCGGUCAAUUGGCCCGCUACAUACAACCCUGA